AUGUCAACAUUGUUAGCUUUUCUUUCUUCCUUCUCUCACUCUUUCUGCAAGACACAUUCAAAGGAAGAACUACCAUUCACUACUCCCCCCUCCUGCCGCCGCUGCCGCAACUCACACCACCACCACUACUCGUCUUUGUUUUUGCAACUGCAUAUAUUGCUCAUAGACUUAGAACGUGUCAGAAGCAGUCUGCCUUGCUUUGACUCUCUCUCGACAAUAGACAGAUCAUAUGAGAAGAAAUCACUCUCUCCCUCUGUCUCUCUCUCCCUCUGUCUCUCUCUCCCUCUGUCUCUCUCUCCCUCUGUCUCUCUCUCCCUCUGUCUCUCUCUCCCUCUGUCUCUCUCUCUCUGUCUCUGUCUCCCUCUCUCCCUCCCCUCUCCUCCCUCUCUCCCUCCCCCUCUCUCCCUCCCUCUCCCUCUCUCCCUCCCUCUCUCCCCUCCCUCCUCCCCUCCCUCCCUCCCUCUCUCUUCCUCUCUCUCCCCUUUCUCCCUCUGUCUCUCUACCUCUCCCCUCCCUCCCUCCCCUCUUUCUUUCUCUCUCCCCCUCUCCACCUCCCUCUCCCUCUCUCUCCCCUCCCUACUCUAUCUCUCGCCUCUCUUGCCCAACACUACAGAACAUAUUAAAAACCAUUGA